UCUCCACCGCUCGCCGCUCUCCCAUGGAGGCAGUCCAGCCGCCCUGGGGACCCACCGACCAGCGGGGACAUUUCUCCAAGCAGAAGGAGCCCGUCAGCAAGAGACGCAUCGGCUGAAACCAGACCCCCCUCCCUCUCACUCCCCUCCUCCUCCUCCCCCUCCACCUUCCACUUCUGCGCUGCCGGUGUUGAUCCUACCUGAGCCUGCAUGGCGGUGUAGAGGAGAGGCUGCAGACCAGGGGCUGCCGCUGGAGCCGGCGGCGCCGGGGCGGCUGGACGGACCUUGUUGCGUCUCUGUGAACCGUCAGCCGGGGUUUGAAAAGGGGGACCGUUUCUCUCCUGCGUCUCCGUCCACGUCUCACCGAUGCUGCCCGGCGUCUCCAGAGGGAGCUGCAGUCCUUCCCACCACGGCUUUGGGUUACUAAAUGGUUUUGUGGGGGAGGAUAUCUAACCGGCGAGAUGCUGCUCGUACUCCUGCUGGCAGCCUUUUCUGCGUCCAUCGCUGGUUCCUCCUCCUCCUCCUCCUCGGUGCCGGACGGACCCCCGGUGGUGGACCCGUCCACGUCGGACCUGAUGGCCGAGACGUGCGCGGCCUGCUCCUGCAUGUCGGUGGAGAACGUGCUGUACGUCAACUGCGAGAAGGUCACGGUGUACCGGCCCACGCAGCUCAUCCCUCCGGCGUCGUCGCUCUACCACCUCAACUUCCAGAACAACUUCUUAAUCAUCCUCUACCCCAACUCCUUCCUCAACUUCACCCACGCUGUGUCGCUGCAGCUGGGGAACAAUAAACUGCAGAACAUCGAGGGUGGAGCCUUCAUGGGGAUGAGCGCGCUGAAGCAGCUGCACCUCAACAAUAACGAGCUGAAGGUGCUGCGGGCCGACACUUUCCAAGGCAUAGAAAACCUGGAGUACCUUCAGGCCGACUACAACCUCAUAAAGUACAUUGAGAAGGGAGCGUUUAACAAACUGCACAAGCUCAAAGUGCUGAUCUUGAAUGACAAUCUCAUUCAGGCCCUUCCAGACAACAUAUUCCGCUUCGCCUCACUGACACACCUGGAUAUAAGAGGGAACAGGAUCCAGAAGCUUCCCUAUUUGGGCGUUCUGGAGCACAUCGGGCGCAUCGUAGAGCUGCAGCUGGACGACAACCCUUGGAAUUGUACUUGUGAUUUAGCGCCUCUCAAGGCAUGGCUUGAAAACAUGCCGUAUAACAUUUUCAUUGGCGAGGCCAUUUGUGAAACACCCAGCGACUUGUAUGGGAGACUUCUGAAAGAAACCAACAAACAGGAGCUCUGUCCAAUGGGGACAGGGAGCGAGUUCGACGUCCGGAUGCCGCCCGCGCUGCCCGACGGCGGGCCCUCCAAAACGUCCCCGACCACAGUGGCUCCUCUCGCCACGAAAUCGCCAAAAACUACUGACUCCUCUAAGAUUUAUGGUAAUGGCAUCGUGGCUGGUUUACCCCCUUUUGGAAGAAACACCCAGAUUGUCUCUUUUCAGACACGGACGCCUCCACUGUUGUGCCCGCAGCCCUGCAGCUGUAAAGCCCACCCCUCCGACUUCGGCAUUAGCGUCAGCUGUCAGGAGAGGAAUAUAAAAAACUUAGCCGACCUCAUUCCCAAACCUCCGAACGCCAAGAAACUUCACCUGAGUGGGAAUUACAUCCGCGACAUAAGCCCGAGCGAUUUCCAGGGGUUCGAGGGCUUAGAUCUGCUUCAUCUGGGCAGCAAUCAAAUUGUCACCGUGCAAAAAGGUGUGUUUGCCAACCUCACUAAUCUGAGGAGACUGUACCUGAACGGAAACCAGCUGGAACAGCUACAUCCAGAGAUGUUCUUGGGCCUAGCGAAUCUCCAGUACCUGUAUUUGGAAUACAAUGCCAUAAAGGAAAUCCUGGCGGGCACGUUUGACUCCAUGCCAAACCUGCAACUCCUGUAUCUCAACAACAACGUGCUGCGGAGCCUCCCUGCUUAUGUUUUUGCAGGUGUCUCCUUAGCAAGGCUGAACCUGAAAAACAACCACUUCAUGACGCUGCCGGUGAGCGGCGUCCUGGACCAGCUGCGCUCGCUGACCCAGAUAGACCUGGAAGGGAACCCGUGGGAGUGCUCCUGCGAUCUGGUCGCCCUCAAACUCUGGCUGGAAAAGCUAAGUGAUGGAGUGGCUGCCAGGGAGGUGAAGUGCGCCUCCCCUGUGCAGUUCUCCAACAUUGAACUCCGCCUCCUGAAAAAUGAGAUCCUGUGCCCUAAGCUCGCCAGACCCCCGUUUCUCCUGACGAGCGCCACCCCGGUUUUAACCUCAGUGUCGCCUGCCGGAGUCGGCAAAGCACCGCCGGGAGGGCCCGUGCCUCUCUCCAUUAUGAUCCUGAGCAUCCUCGUAGUGCUCAUCCUCACUGUGUUUGUGGCCUUCUGCCUUUUGGUGUUCGUCCUGAGGCGGAAUAAGAAACCAGUGGGCCGGCAGGAGGGGCUGGGGAACCAGGAGUGUGGCUCCAUGUCGCUGCAGCUCCGCCGGCACAGCCACAAAUCUGGCAAGAAAGGCUCCAUACCAGGGGACGACCUGGGAGGCGAGACCUUCAUCCCCCAGACCAUCGAGCACAUCGGCAAGAGCCACACCUGCGGGAUCGGACGCUCCUCCGACAUGGACGCCGGCUUCAAGUUCGCCGACUCCCAGAGGCAGAAGAUCAUCCUGAGGAACUGCGCCGACAAGGACAAGGACUCGCUCUCCACGCUGUCCACGCUGGAGCGCAACAAGCGGCUCAGCACCAUCGACGAGCUGGAGGAGUUCCUCCCGCACCGGGAGCCCAGCAUGUUCAUCCACAACUUUCUGGACAGCAAAAGAGACUUCAACAGUAUAGGGAUGGGCGGCUACGAGAUCCGCUACCCGGAGAAAUCGCUGGACAGAAAGAUGAAGAAGUCGUCGCUGAUAGGCGGGAACCACAGUAAGAUCGUGGUGGAGCAGAGGAAGAGCGAGUAUUACGAGCUGAAGGCCAAGCUCCAAGGAACGCCUGAUUACCUGCAGGUGCUGGAGGAGCAGACUGCGCUCAGCAAGAUGUAGGGAUUACUGUGUCAUCUUUGUGCAUUGAUUACACUCAUGACAAAGUCAAACACACACACACACACACACACACACACACACACACACACACACA